AUGGCAGCACAGGAGUAUUACGACAGCUUCAACCAGCCUGACCAAGCACCAAACUACCCUCCUCCACAUUAUCAGCCUUAUGCUGCCCCGCCACAGGUCCAUCAGCCUCUACCACCACAAUUCAACCCCGCAGACCACAAACCGAAUUAUCCUCAACACAUGCAGCCCUACAAUCCACCAGUUGCUCGUCCACCGCCUCAGCCAUACUAUCCUCCUCAAAAUCCUCAAUUUUUGCAACCACCUCAAGUACGGCCUCCACAGCAAGUCCGCUUCGAUGACGAGGAAGACGAUGAGUCGGAGGAGGAGUCAUUUGGCAGGAGGAGAUCAGUGUCGGAGCCUCCACGACAUCAUCACCACCACCAUCAUCAUCGUGAUCGAGACGACUCGCCGCGAGAGAGAUCUAGAGAGCGGUCGGUGGAGAGGUCGAGAGGUCAUGCGAAACAACCAGAUCACAGGAGUCGAAAUACCUUUUUAGGAGCGGUGGGCGGGAGUGUAAUUGGGGAUGCUAUUUUCCCUGGUCUGGGAACAAUAGGCGGUUUGGUGCUUGGUGGGCUUGGAGGACAUGAGACAGGAAGGAGUCGUAGUGAGAGGCCGCCAGAGAAGCGAAGACAUAAGGAUAGAUAUGACAUUGAGUGGGAAGAAGGCCGGAGGAGGCGAGGAGAGAUUGAUUGA